ACGCGCGGUCUGUGUCGGGUGAGCGGCUGGCAGUCGGCCAGAGCAUGUCUGCGCGGAGCUGUGUGCUGCUGCCGCUGAUCCUGGCGCUGGUGGCCGCCUGCCGGACUGUGCCCGGGCCAGACCCGGACACCCCGUUGGAGGAGCUGGCGCCGGCGGGGCCGGGCAAUGGCAGCGACGCGAACACGACGGCGCUCAGCCCGCUCAUGGAGGACGAGCUGCUGCUGUCGCAGCCUCACCACGGCGUGCACGUGGCCAACUGGCGCUGGGACGAGAUCGGCCUGUUCUUCGCCUUCUCGCUGUUCAUCGUGACGGCGGGGCUCGCCAAGGUCGCUUUCCAUCACGCCCAUUUGUCAACUCAUAUACCAGAGUCAUGUUUGAUGAUCAUCGUUGGGAUAACUGUUGGAGGAUUUAUAUACUUGUCCGGGGUGCCUGUGCCCAGCAACGAGGAGAACCACGUGGUGCCGCAGCUGCACGUGCGCGAGUUCGCCAUCCUCACCUUCACACCGCGCCUCUUCUUCCUGGUGCUGCUGCCGCCUGUGAUUUUGGAGUCCGCUUACUCGUUGUAUGACCAAGCAUUUUCGUGCAACUUCUACACAAUAAUGCUGUACGCUGUCGUGGGAACCAUAUUCAACAUGUUCACAAUCGGGCCGAUCCUGUUCGCGCUGUCGAGCGUGGGCGUGCUGGGACGCCUGCAGCUGAACCCCGCGCCGGGGGCGCCGCCCUACCGCCUCGCCUUCACCGACUGCCUGGUCUUCUCUGCGCUCAUCUCGGCCGUGGACCCGGUGUCCGUGCUCGCCAUCUUCCAGGAGGUGGGCGUCAACAAGGACCUCUACUACCUCGUGUUCGGCGAGUCGCUCUUCAACGACGCUGUGACAGUGGUGUUGUACACCACCAUGGUGACGUUCAGCGAGAUGGGCGAGAUCCCUAGCAACCAGUACCUGAUGGCCACAGCUGGCUUCCUCACGGUCAACCUGGGCGGUUGCGUGGUGGGUGUGCUGUUCGGGCUGGUCACUGCGCUGCUCACCAGGGCCACAGAGGAGUGCCGGGUGGUGGAGCCCCUGGCCAUACUGGGAGUGUCCUACCUGUCCUACCUCACGGCCGAGCUGUUCCACUUCUCCGGCAUCAUCAGCAUCACUUUCUGCGGUCUGGUGCAGGCUCACUACGCCUUCAAGAACAUCUCACGCAAGUCUUACAUUACCGUCAAGUACUUCUCCAAGAUGGUCAGCUCGACAUGCGAUGCCAUCAUCUUCCUGUUCCUGGGCAUGGUGCUGGUGAGCGACCGUCACGUGUGGCACGCCGGGUUCGUGCUGUGGACGCUCGCGCUGUGCUUCGUCUGCCGCUUCGUGGGUGUGUACCUGCUGUCGGGGCUGGCGAACCUGUACCGCGCCCGCCGCAUCAACCUGCAGGAGCAGUUCGUGAUGGCGUACGGCGGGCUGCGCGGCGCCGUGGCCUUCUCGCUGGUGGAGAUGCUGGAGGCCGAUACCGUGCCGCCACGCCAGGUCUUCGUCACCACCACGCUCGUCGUCAUCAUCUUCACCGUCUUCGUGCAGGGAGGCACAAUUAAACCACUCGUAAAUUUGCUUAACAUAAAGAGGACUCAUUCAAGUGAGAAGAUGAAUGAAGAAAUACAUGAUCAUGUCAUUACAACUAUAAUGGCUGGUGUAGAAGAAAUUUCGGGAGUUAGGGGAGAUCUAUACAUACAGAGAAAACUGGAACAAAUAGACGAACUAUAUCUUAAGAAAAUCUUCCUCAAGUCAAAGUCGGACAACAACAUCACGAGACGGUUCGAGAAGCUGGCACUGACGCAGCACUACGCACACCUGUACGGGCCGGUGAUCCUCAUCGAGGACAAGAAGGUGGAAGCGCUGCGCUCCUCGGAAGCCGCGCCGCCCCGCAAGGCGACGCCAUCGCGCAGCCACAGUUUCCGGAGCGGGCUGCGGCUCCCCAAGGUGGACUUCCGGCGGCGCACCGUGGCCUCGAGGGGCGAGCCGCGCGCGCACCAGGACGCCGGCAACACUGAGGCGCUGCGCCAGGCCUUCCGUAGCAACCCCUACCAGAAGUUCCACGAAAGGUACAACCCGAAUCUCAUCGACGACGACUGUCAGGAGUUGACAGACCAACUAGAGAUGAGGCACCGUCGCUCAGUCAGGAUCACCGCACUCACUGACCCAUCCAUUAGUCCUGACCAUCUACACCCAGAUGCAGACGUGGCGGGCAUCCACGCGCUGGUGGGGCGCGCCCAGCGCAGCCUCUCGAACCAGCUGUCGCGCGCCGGCAGCCUGGCGGCCCCCGAGGACAGCAGGCCCGCCUCGCCCAGCCCGGCGCGCCGCCAGUCGCAGCCCUCGCUCGAGUCCGACGUGUGACCCCUGGCCAGGCCCUGUGCACUUCCCAAGAAAAAUCAUUGUUUCUUCACUGGAAACCUAACACCUCCAACUGAAAUGUUUACACUGUUUGGAUUGUUUUAAUAACUGGGAUUUAAAAAUUAUACACUAAGAAGUGGAAAGGGGCCAACAAAAUUUAUUUGUCCCUGCACAUUAACCCAUCAUUGAGUCUGAUUGCCAAAAUUUGUCAAAACGAGCUGCUGAUGCUAACAAUAAAAUGUUUUAUUUUUUUUUGCAAA